CGCAGCACGGGCAGAGAGGGGACGGCACGGGAGCGCUGCAACGCGCUGCUUGCGGCGACGAGCCGCAGCUUUAUGCGGGUCAUCCAGGAGCUGGAACCGCCGCUGCGGGAGGCGAUUAUGGUCUUUUACCUGGUGCUGCGGGGGCUUGACACGGUCGAAGACGACAUGGGGUUGGGGGAGGAACGGAAGCGGGCGCUGCUGCGGGGGUUCCACGAGCAGCUGGGGGAGCGCGGAUGGCGGCUGACGGAGUGUAUGCUGCGGACGCGAGACAGGGCGCUGCUGGAGAGCUUUGACGCGGUGAUUGAAGAAUUCCAGGCGCUGCCGCCGGCAGCGCAGGACAUCAUCCGGUCGGUGACGCGUGCGAUGGGGGAGGGGAUGUCGGGCUUUGUGCACACAAGGGAGCGCGGGCAGCGCGUUGGGGGGGCCGGGGGGAUUGUGAGCGUGGACGCAUACAACGAGUACUGCUACUACGUGGCGGGGCUGGUGGGGGAGGGGUUGACGCAGCUGUUUGUGGGGAUGGGGGUGGAGAAGGAGCGAGAAGUGCUGGAGAAGGAGGCGGUGACGAUGGGGCUGUUUUUACAGAAAAUCAAUAUCAUCCGGGACUGCCGUGAAGACUUUGACGAGGAGCGGGUGUUUUGGCCACGGGAGAUAUGGGGCAAGUAUGUGCGGGAGUACGGGGAGCUGCUCGAGGGGCGCAAGGAGGAGGCGCUGCAGUGUCUGUCGGAGGUCGUGGCGGAUGCGCUGGCGCAUGUCCCGGGGUGUCUGCACUACCUGUGCAGUCUGGAGAAUCCGUCGGUGUUCAACUUUUGCGCGAUUCCGCAGGCUAUGGCGAUUGCGACGCUGGCCCUGGUCUUCCGGAACCCAGAGGUCUUUGAAAGGAACGUGAAAAUACGCAAGGGAGAAGCGUAUCUGAUUAUUUUGCGUGCUACGAGCCGACGGAACCUGUGCAAGAUCUUUCUGAAAUACGUGCGUGCGAUCCACUGCAAAAAUGUACCGAGUGACCCAAACUUUUUAAAAAUAAGCCUAGCAUGUGCAAAGAUCGAGCAGUGGAUCGAAAGCGUGUUUCCCUCAAGAAAGGGUGCUAAGCGGGGGUGUGCGCUCGAUCCCGGGGGACAGGGUGCAGCCAGUGGUGGGACGGUCGCUGUUUUUACAAGGGAAACAUGCCACAUGUUUGUAGCGGCAGCUUUGUUUCUCGGGUCAGUGGCACUGUUCAUGGUUUAUAUCGCGUAUCUGUUUGGGGCCCGCUGGAAUCUCGCUCAAGGUAAGUAUGUUGCGUCUGUGUCUUGGGGCUCACUUGGCUUAGUAUACAACUUGGUCGGCUCUUUGAAGAGCAACUUUUCCGGCAUAGUGCCGUUUGGGAAAACGGAGCUCUGA